AUGACGCACCCCACACCGCUCGUUUUGGAGGGCAAUGAAGUCAAGCUCCGUUUGCAAGCGGAGCGCGUUCAAACCGGUUCGCCCGUUCAUGUCGAUUGGCUCCGCUUCACGGUCAACCUGCGGUUCGCUCCAAUCCCCACGGUCGAGCAUCUUUUCCCACCCGCCCAGGCAUCUGAAUUCGACCUCCGGUCGGAGCAUCAACUGAGCGAAGACGACCGCCGCCGCGCCAAGCUCUGCCACCUGCUGCGCGACAUUCCAGACCCUGAUUUCGCCGCCAGCACACAGGCCCUUGAGGUCGCCAACAACGUUUGCGAAAUCCUCGGUGAAGGCUUCACCGUGGACCCGGAAAUGAAGAAGGGCCACGACUUCUACCGGCACCGCUGGAGCAUCGUCCGCGCUGGCAAUGAAUGCGGAUGGGUCGGCUUCCUCGCCUCUGGCGAAAGCCCACGGCAACGCGCCCAAUCGAAGACCAUUCAUUGCAACCUGUACGGCGUCGCCUGCACGUUCGCUGCCCCAGGCUGGGCACCACGCAUGGCCGACUACAUGGACGAACAUCGCGCCCUUGUCACGCGCUGUGAUCUGGCCUUGGACUUCUUCGAAGGCAUCAGCGGCGGUAUGGAUCGCGUUGCCAGCGACUACGACGCCGGGGCCAUGGAUCACUACGGCCACAGGCCUGACCACAACUGCGUGGGCGCAUGGCGCGCUGGUGGUGUGGGGCGUUCCUUCUACUUCGGCAGCAAGGCCGCAGGCAAGCAAACGAACGUCUAUGACAGUGCUUUUGCCAAUAAAUCCAUCGUCGCUUGCAUGGUGAAUUCCCUUCAACGUUGA